CAUUUAUCUACAAGCCUGCGCGAACGCGACAACGCAGAUAUCACGAUUCGACAUGCCGUACAACAACACUCCUAUAGCGCCACCCAAAGAGUAUACCGGCUCGGUCUCUCUGCCUUUGGCGCGAGUCAAGAAGAUCAUUCACGCAGACGAUGACAUACAAUCAUGUUCAAAUAAUGCCGCGUUUGUGAUAACUAUUGCAACCGAGAUGUUUAUUCAGCAUCUAGUAGAGCGAACGUUCGAGAUCAUCAAAGCCGAGAAGCGGCCAAGAAGGAACGUUCAGUACGGCGAUGUUGCGAACGCUGUAGCUCGGCUCGAUAACCUCGAGUUCCUCUCAGACGUAGUUCCGCGCACAACUACGUUCGCGAAGUACACGGAACGGAGGAAGAAGCAAGCGGAAGCCGAAGCACGCGCCGCAGCAGAGCCACCACGUGAACAUCGCUCACCUAUCCAGCAGUUUGCGAAUUCCCCCAGCGCUACAGGACCGUCUGUACCAGGUCAUGCAAGGGCUCCUUCUGGUGGUGCACCAGCCCCAUAUACGAAUGGCAGUCAUCACUCACCCAGCAACAGUUUCCAUGGACCAGGCGGACGCUCGGUAAAUCUACUCGACGAUGACGAUGCUAUGGAAGUUGAUCAUUCGACGGGUAGAACAGCCCAUCCACCGGUACCAACAACGAUGGAGUUGCUGGAGAGGGCAAGAGCCGCACAAGCGCGGGCCGAGUCAGGCUUGAGCCAUUCUCCUAGUCUUCCACCAGGUGGAUCAUAGCAUGGAUUUGAAGCCUCUCAUGAUCAAGAAAUGUAACUGUGUAUCAAUCAAGAAAAUUUCGAGCACUUGGCAUGAAUUUGGAACUGGAGAAUAUGCAAAGAGUUCUCACACCUAAUUGCCAUCAUGUGUACUGUUCUAC